AUGAAGUCCGAGUUUGGUUCUCGGCUUGACUUCGAGUUGGAAGAUCCGCUCGUUUCCGCUCCUGCCAAGAAAAGUAAGAAGGUCAUUGGCUUGGAUGAUCUGUUGAGCGACUUCUAUAAAGAGAAAGGGAAGCGGGUCGCGGGAGCAGCGAAACGGAAAAGGGUGCUAAAGCAUGACUCCGACGAGGAAGAUGACGCCAGAGAAGCAACUUUGUCCCAUACCCUUGAUCAGUAUCAAAAACAGAUGAAGGAAAUGGGUGGCGAAGAUGAAUUAUCCCACUGGGGACUGCAAGUUUUUGGAGUUCAGAAAAGUCCACCAGCUGUAGUUUUACCUGAGCUUGGUAGCUGUGCUACUUUCCAGGCUCUUGGUCAUAGCAAACAUAAUUCAUUGGUGGAAGUCGGUAAACGAGAAGAAUCCGACUUUUUGGAAGGACUCCUGGUGAAUGGCUGGUUAUCCAAGCUCAUAACAUUAAGUGGUCAUCUUGAAAUGGCUCUUGCAAAAUGGACUUUCCAUUUAUUGAUGUUUGCAUCAGAAAAGAGAUUGAGAACUUCGGCAUGCGAUCUCUGGUGCGACGUACUCUCAGGCAAAAAUGAGGGAACUUCUGCACCCAUCAAAAUAGACUGGCUCCCUACAUAUUCUGAACUGGAAAGAGCCCUUAGCAUAUAUGGAUUCGUGUUCGUCUUAUCUGACGCAGGAUCUGUUGAUAUGGAUUCCAAGCAUGCUGGCCCAUCUUUGAAUAUUCGAGCUUGGAUCAAAUUUGUGGCCGCUUCUUGUCAAGUAAGGAGUAAAUGGCCUAUUUUUUCAACUUCACAAGCCGAAAAAUUAACCGAAGUGUUGAUUUGUCUGUUUCUAGACCGCCGACUUGAAGGCCUUUCAAUGCUUCUGUAUGAAUGUUUGUUAUCAGUAAUCAGUUACUUUACCCAUGAGGAAUGGAGCACCAGCUGCAAGAAAGUAACGAAAUCUCUUGCUAGCAGGUUAUCUAUGGACCUGAACUGCUUGCGUGCUGUUGAGUGCAUUUCUGGCAUUGAUGCUCGUAGCAAGUGCCUCAGAAGUGAAGUUGCCUAUCGGCUGCUUGCAAAUUUCCUCAAUCAUAAGGCUGCAGAUGAAGAAAUCCUGGCUUCGCUCAUAUCCAUUAAUGUGAAAGAAAAAGGUUGUGAUCUUUUCAGAAUGUACAUUUAUUUGGUUUUAGCGGAGAAUUGGCUCUUCUUCAACUCAACUCUAGAAGAGAAAGCAGUAAUCAGGGAAAUGUGGGGUCUUUAUCUGCGGAACUGUUCCUGUCUAAUUACCAGCACAGAUUUGAGAUCGUUCGCGGCAAAGGUUCGAAACAGAGCCUUGUAUCUUCUUCAAGGUUCUGUCACCAGAUGAUAUCUACGGAAGAAUCUGCACCAAUGUUCAGGGGAACUAUAGCUCUGUCUUUAUCAUCCGCAUUUAAAUAUCUUUGGAUUUGCUAGAGCGGGAGGGGCGAGCUAGCACUUGAAAGUCGAUCUAUUAUUCUUGAGCCAGUGCAAUUGCUGGGGAGUUGUGGGUCCGGUGAACCCAACUGUUAGCGUGCCUUCU